ACUCAUAUAAAGAGGGACAGGAAGGAUCGUCUUCUGCAUCUCGAUCCGGCCUGACUUUUGGCGGCAGAGCCAGCUGACUGAAGCAGAGAGCAGCAGUUCACCAUGGCUCGCCUUUCCUGCUCACCCCUCCUCCUCCUCCUCUUCUUGUCGUCGCAGCUCGCCCUGCUCGUCGCCGGCGAGUUCCUCCGCCUGCCGUCCGAGAAGGACGUCGUCGGGACGAGAUGGGCCGUCCUCAUCGCCGGCUCCAACGGCUACUACAACUACCGCCACCAGGCGGACGUGUGCCACGCGUACCAGAUCAUGAAGAAGGGCGGGCUCAAGGACGAGAACAUCAUCGUCUUCAUGUACGACGACAUCGCCGGCAACCGCGACAACCCCAGGCCCGGGGUCAUCAUCAACCACCCCAAAGGCGGCGACGUCUACGCCGGAGUCCCCAAGGACUACACGGGGGCGGACGUGAACGCCAACAACUUCCUCGCCGCGCUGCUCGGCGACAAGUCCAAGCUCACCGGCAGCGGCAGCGGCAAGGUCGUCAGCAGCGGCUCCGACGACCACAUCUUCGUCUACUACGCCGAUCAUGGCGGCCCAGGGAUCCUCGGGAUGCCGGGCGACGAGGAGUACCUGUACGCGAACGACCUGGUGCGGACGCUGGAGAAGAAGCACGCGGGCGGGGCCGGGUACAAGAGCCUGGUCUUCUACCUGGAGGCCUGCGAGUCCGGGAGCAUCUUCGAGGGCCUCCUCCCGGGCAACAUCGGCGUGUACGCCACCACGGCGGCCAACGCGGAGGAGAGCAGCUGGGGCACCUACUGCCCCGGCGACGACGAGGGCGCCCCGCCGCCGGAGUACGACACCUGCCUCGGCGACCUCUACAGCGUCGCCUGGAUGGAGGACAGCGACGCGCACAACCUCAACGCCGAGUCCCUCAAGCAGCAGUACGAGCGGGUCAGGGACCGGACGUCGGCGGCCGGCACGUACAGCCUCGGCUCCCACGUCAUGCAGUACGGCGACCUGGACCUCAACGACCAGAGCCUCUUCCUCUACAUCGGCACCAAUCCUGCCAACGACAACGCCUCCUUCGUCCAGGGCUCCUCCUCGACCUCCAGGCAGCUGCCGGGCGGCCGAGUGAACCAGCGGGACGCCGACCUCGUCCACUUCUGGCACAAGUACCGGAGGUCGGCGGAGGGGUCGGCCAAGAAAGGCGAGGCGCGGAGGCGGCUGGUGGAGACGAUGGCGCGGCGGUCUCGCGUGGACAGCAGCGUGGAGCUCAUCGGCGGCCUCCUCUUCGGCUCUGAGCAAGGUGCCAAGGUCCUCGGCGCCGUCCGGCCGGCGGGGCAGCCUGUGGUGGAUGACUGGGACUGCCUCAAGUCCGUGGUGCGGAGGUUCCAGGAGCGGUGCGGGCCGCUGACGCAGUACGGGAUGAAGCACAUGCGGUCGCUCGCCAACCUCUGCAACGCCGGCGUCCGGGAGGAGGCCAUGGACAAGGCUGCGGCUCAGGCGUGCGCUGCUAAUCCUUCCUCCUUAUUCUGAUCAAACUGUGUGAUCGAUCCAUGUCGCAUCAGUCACCCAAAAUAUGGUGUGAUGGAUCGAUAUAUACGGUCGUGAUUGCUGUAAAUACUAAUACAUGCUGCACAGCAAGUACGUGAUUGCUGUAAAUAUAUGUGCUAUUAUUUGCUAUACAAAGAAAAUAGCUCUCUCA